UUGUCAUGACUUCAGCAACAAUAUCGUAUCACGCCGUAUAACUUAUGUAAACGACUAGUUUACGUCAUGUGACUGCUCCAAAAUGAAACUAUAUUUUACAUUGUCACGAUUAAACACAAACAAAUCAUAAUUUCCUCCGAUUUCAUGGCCCUUAAAGGGUAGUGUUGACUGCCGUACGAUGCCGGCAGCGUUGACGUUGCGAAGCAGUGGGCGGAUGCGAUUUCGACAUGACACGCCCACCUCCGAGACCUACUUCCCCUUUUUACCUCAGUUGGUCUUUUUGUUCGGGAUGAAAACCACCAUACAACCAAAAUAAGAAGAAGAUCUCUGACACGAUGUUCGGCUUGGAGCUUUUUUCAGCCACAACCUGGACUUUAGUUGCUUUAGUUCUCGCCUUGCUUUUACUGUAUGGCGUUUGGCCUUUUGGACUUUUUAAAAAGUUGGGAAUACCAGGACCAAGGCCACUUCCCUUUAUAGGAACAUUGCUGGCUUAUAAAAAGGGACUUGUGGUUGUUGACCGGGAGUGCCAAGCCAAAUAUGGAGACGUGUGGGGGAUGUUUGACGGCAGAGUCCCAAUGAUAAUGGUGGCGGAUCCUGAGAUCAUAAAAGCUGUGCUGGUGAAGGAAUGCUACACCGCCUUCACCAACCGCAGGGACAACUUGGUGUUGGGAACGCUGAAUGAGGCCAUCACCAACGUCAAGGACGAAAAGUGGAAAAGAAUACGCAGCUCCUUGUCGCCGUGCUUCACCGGCGGCAGACUGAAGCAGGUCUUUCCCCUCGUCGCUCGCUUGGCGGACCGACUGGUGGAGAGUCUCGGGAAAAAAGACUUAAGCCAAGCGGUUGACAUCAAACAAUUUGUAGGGUCCUACAGUUUGGACGUGAUCACCGGCGCCUCCUUCGGCGUGGAGGUCGACUCCAUAAACAACCCAGACAGCGUCAUUGUCGCUCAUCUCAAAGGCAUUAUCAACAUGAAAUUUUGGAAAAUGAUGGUCCCGAUGCUCUUUCCCUUCACAAAAUAUCUGCUCCACCUGUUCAAAUUUGACCUCAUACCCAAGCACCAUGUGGACUUUUUCUUCAACAUCAUUAAGAAGUUUAAAGACGAGCAUCAAAACGACCAGUCGAGCAGUGAAGACUUCCUGCAGGUGAUGAUCCAACACGAGAUACCGGUGUCAGACAUAAAGAGCGAACAGGAGCAGCCAAGUAAAGGUAGGACUUCCCAACAGUCACCAAACCUUUUAUCGCCCGCAAAGUGCAUAGUGCAUAUCCAUUCUGUCGUCGCAGGCCUGACGGAAGAGGAGAUCCUCUCACAAGCCUUAAUUUUCAUCUUUGGGGGCUUUGAGACCACCGCCGCAGCCCUCACGUCCCUGCUGUACAACCUGGUCACCAACCCUGACGCCAUGAAGGCCUUGCAGGAGGAGAUCGACGCCAACGUUACCACAGAUGCUCCUAUAUCGUACGAGACCGUGCUCAAUCUGGAGUACCUGGACAACGUCAUUAACGAGUCGAUGCGAGUCCUUACACCCGCGCCGCGACUUGAGAGGAUGUGCAAGAAGACCAUCCAGAUUAACGGCCACACUUUCCCCGAAGGAACCAUGGUGGGCAUUCCUGUGACUGUCCUCCACAAGGACCCUCGCUUUUGGCAAGACCCAGAGAAGUUCCAACCAGAGAGAUUCAGCAAAGAUCGCGCGGAAGAGGUGAACACGUACGCCUACAUGCCCUUUGGCCUCGGCCCUCGCAACUGCGUGGGGAUGCGCUACGCUCUCCUCACCAUGAAGAUGGUGGUCGUGCGUCUGUUGCAGAGUUACACCAUAGAGACGUGCAAAGAGACCAUGAUUCCUCUGGAGUUUGAUUGGGCGUUUAGACCAAAGAAGCCAGUGAAACUCAAGUUUGUGCCCAGACAGGCGUAGCUCAAAAAGCCACAAAUGAUGCUAAAAUGAAGUUUACUUUUUUAAACACAUCUUUGUUUCUUUCAAAGACAAACCUUCCAAGAUUAAAUGUAUUUUGACAUAAAAACACUAUAUAGCUUUAGCUGCAAAACAUUUCUAAAUAACUUUACAACAUGUAUAAAUGCAACUGUAACAUGACAUUAAAGGCCUACUGAAAGCCACUACUACCGAC